AUGCGCCAAUUAAAUAAUUCUGCUUCAGGUCCCGUUCACGUUGCAUUCUUUGAAGCACGUAUCGUAGCCACGUAUCCGCCAAAAAUCAGCUGCGAUAACAUGCAUGCUGUUUCCUACACAAAACAUUUAUUUUCACGACUCAGGGCAAUAAUCGAGAAGAAUGAUCUGGCACAAGAGAUAUGUUUUCACAAAAGUGUCUCAGAAGCAAACAAACUGCUGCAAAGACAUGACUCCCAACGUCGUGGGAUACAGCUUGUACCUGUGAUCGAAACGAUUGGUGAAGACGAUAGCUUUGAAGCUGCAAGGAAAGCAUGCCGCCUACUCGAACGACAGGUUAUCGCAAUCUACGGACCAAACACACCGAAUGCUAUGGAGAGUGUCCAGUCACUGGCUAACCAAUUUGGGAUUCCUCAUCUACAGAUGGAUUGGGGUUAUAGGCAAAGCAGUCGUGGAUUUUCCCUUAAUGUUCACCCUCAUUAUCUGGCCUAUGGACAAGCGCUGUAUGAUUAUGUCCGCAAAGCUGAGUACUGGGAUACGGUCGCUUUGAUCUACUACAAAGAAGAAAGUCUAUACAAAUACGAUUAUUUACUGCGCAACUUCGACCAACCGGUAAUGUUACGCAAAUGGGACAUGGUGAACGACAAUUAUAAAUACGUCAUCAAGCAGUUCAAAACCACGCAGACGCAUUUUCGGUUUAUUGUAGACAUUCCAUUUUGGGAAGUACAAGAAUUUCUUGCCACAGCAAACAAUUACAACAUGACGUCGCAAUAUUAUAGUUACGUGUUCACGGACUGGGACAUUCAACUUGUUGAUCCUUCUGCUUUUAAAGUAGUUCAAGGUGCAAAUAUUACAACGUUCUCCAUUUUACGACCAUUGGGUGAGGAAGGAUAUGGCAUCGUGGCUCUACUGGAUGAUAUACGUCUGGCCUUGCUCCAAGACGAAAGAUUUGCUCGCACUACGACUUCAAGGCGUAUUAGUCCAACACAAUCAGCACUGCUCUACGAUGGCUUGAGUUUACUAGCCAUGGGUCUUUUAGCAUCUUCAAAAACGGCUGAUAUUUCUCCCCCAACUGGACUGACGUGUUCAGGCACUCGAGGAUGGAACCCUGGACUGAGCCUUAUGAAUGACAUAAGGGCGAUUCGACCGGAAAACUUCCACGGUCUGACGGGAACUUUUCAAUUUGAUGGUCAUGGAUGGCGUUCUAAUAUAAACCUGCACAUUUUGGAGCAUGGCGCAGAAGGUUUCAGGCAGUUUGGUUAUUGGAACAUGGAAGAGGGACUGACAGUCACCAGAAACUUCAGUCAGAUACUGCAGGAAAUGCAAACUGAAUUGAAAGGAAAAGUUCUGAGGAUAACAACAAAAGAGGAGAAGCCUUACAUGAUGUACAAAGGCAAUGUGUCCUCUGGAGAACCAAAGUCCACUGACCCAAAAGAUUGGCGUGGGUUUUGUAUCGAUCUCCUGAACGAAAUCGGCAAAGAGUUGAACUUCACAUAUACAAUCAAUUUAGUACCAGAUUCAACGUACGGUAAUGCAAAAAUCAUUGACGGUGAAGAAGUUUGGGACGGGAUGGUUCAAGAGCUGCGAACAAGAAAAGCAGACUUGGCAGUCGGGUCAUUCACUAUCACCUACGAUCGUGAACGCGUCAUUGAUUUCACCACGCCAUUUAUGUAUCUUGGUAUCAGCAUCAUCUACAAACGAAUAGAAGAUAAGGAAGCAAGUUUGUUUUCGUUCCUUCAACCACUAUCAGCACCAGUGAAACACAUUAUCACACUGGUUCCAAACUUCAACCUGGAAGAUCGGAAGGUCAUGUUUGUCAGACACCUAUCCAUUGGCCAGUCUGAUAGGAGUGUUUCUGUGUACCUUGCAUGGCCAUCCUUCAACAAAAUUCAGUGGGUUACUUCGGUAUGCAAACCAUCGCACAACGAUAAGGUCCAUUCUGUAUGGGGCUAUAUUCUGGCUGCCACUAUCAUGGUUAGUUUGGUUCUGUUCGUUGUCGCCCGGUUCAGCCCAUACGAAUGGAAGGCCGACCACCCAUGCAACCUGAACUCAAACGUACUUGAGAACAAAUUCGACAUGCUGAACAGCAUAUGGUACACUUUCGGAGCGCUGAUGCAGAAAGGGUCAGAUGUCGUACCACAUGCAAUGUCCACCCGAAUCAUUGCUGGUUUCUGGUGGUUUUUCACCCUCAUCGUAAUCUCAUCAUACACGGCAAACUUGGCUGCCUAUCUCACUGUCGCCAGGAUGGAAUCUCCAAUUGAGAACGCUGAGGAUUUGGCGAAACAAACGAAGAUCAAAUACGGCACGACUCAAGGCGGAUCUACGGCAGCUUUUUUCCAAGUGAACAACCGUUCAGAAGGGAGUGGUGUGAAUAUGAGCAAUACAUAUCCCUCAAAACUUCAGAAAAGUUUCCAUAUGCCUCCGAAUAAAAUGCCGUAUAAUUUGUUUAUACGCCAAUUUGUAUUCCAAAGCACUUAA